GAACAUGGUGAUUUUCAUACUGAACCGGUUUGUAUUGUUUGAUUUGGAAUACAUAGGAUUUGAUCAAUGCAAACCAAUAGUCGAUCAUUUAGGGAAAUAAAGGAUUAGCCCUCACAUGUUAGUGUCCCCACUAGCCUUGGAGAACAACCAAACACAAGAGAGUGGGAGGAACUAGGUUCCUUUCAAAAGUAUGACCUGACAUUCAUACAAUGAGAUUGAGAUAAUCCAUGGACAGGGAUGAAUUACUGAAUGGGCCUACCGGCCCAGGCCCAGGGGCCCAUGAGCUCAGGGGACCCCUAAACCAGAGCCUCUGCGUGAAGUCGUUGUUAUGUAUCUCUUAUUUGUGGUUGAAAGAGGUGUAUUUUGUGAAUUUGCUGUUGGCUUGAGGGUACAUGCGCUGUGUUAGAAAAAUGUGUAUGUGUGCUGUAAAUCCUGUUGAGGUACAGGUGAAUUUAGAUAUUGUGCUGUUGAAAAAAAAUGUCAUUACAGUUAAGUAAUGUUUAGCAAGUGCGCAAAGGGGGGGGGGGGGCUUUUACAUGUCCAGGCCCAGGGGCCCAUGGUUUCAUAAUCCGUCCCUGUCCAUGAACCAUCCUUUUUGUUGCUUAAUGACUACAAUAAACCUCAGAUCAACAUAUGUGGCCUUUUGACUACUGUUUGAGAGAGAGUGGCUGCUUUUGGCCGUGACAAGAGGAAGGGACUAGAAUAGUGCCGUGUGUGAUAAGAAAAGUAGUCAGCACUCGAUAUCCCACUGCACUGUAAAUAUAACGUUAGCGAUGGAUCAUCGCGCUGUUCUCCUCACUCUGUGCACUCUGCUGUGUGUGACAUUCGCAGCAGAUCAAAUGAUCGGAGGUAAGGCUGGUAGCAUUCUGUACAUAAUUAUGAUUUAUCCUAAUUGUGUUAUCAUAAAACUGUGUUUGUUCACGAGUGUCAAUACUUGUCUGUUUAAAGAUGGACACUCGCAUGAGCUGUCUGGAGCUAAGCUGUCACUUCUUGGUGAAACUAGUAAUGGUACAAAUACGGCCGACCUCACCUAUGGAUUUAUCUCGUGCGCUGUGGCCGUGGUGUUCUACGGGAGCAACUUCGUUCCGGUAAAGAAGAUAGACACCGGCGAUGGAAUGUUUUUUCAGUGGGUUCUCUGUGCUGCUAUAUGGAUAGUGUCUCUGGUCACGAAUUUGAUACUAAACUGUCCCAGAUUCUGGCCCCUGGCAAUGCUGGGAGGAGCUAUAUGGGCCACAGGAAAUAUAACAGUCGUGCCCAUAGUGAAGACAAUUGGCCUCGGGCUGGGGCUCCUCAUCUGGGCCUCAUUCAACCUGCUCAUGGGCUGGGCCAGUUCAAGGUUUGGCUGGUUUGGCAUCAAUGCAGAGAGUGUAGGAAAGCCUGUGUUAAACUACAUUGGAGCUGGGUUGUGCUUACUCAGUGCCAUUGUGUUUUUCUUUGUGAAGAGUGAUGUCCGGACAGCAGAAGAGACCCCUUUACUCAUAGCAGCAGAGACACCUUUACUCUCCAUUACUCGAAGAGACACCUCUACUCAUACUGUAAAUUCAGAAGACGCUGCUUCAGAUGAUUCGUGGGUGGAUAGACUCAGACCCAGUACUAAAAGACUUGUAGGCUUUAGUAUGGCUGUUUUUGCUGGUUUGCUGUACGGUUCCUCCUUUAUCCCUGUACUCUACAUGAAAAGCCACGCAGACGAUCCGGACAGCCAUUUCCACGGAGCCAGUCAGUUUGAUCUGGACUAUGUUUUUGCUCAGUUUAGCGGGAUCCUUCUCACCAGCACAGUUUACUUCCUCAUCUACUGUGCAGCAAUGAAGAACAAACCCAAAGUGUUCUUCAAAGCCAUCCUACCAGGGUUUGCCUCAGGGACCAUGUGGGGAGUGGCUACAUGUUGCUUCUUCUUAGCUAAUAACUAUCUGAGCCCGGUGGUCAGCUUCCCUAUCGUCACAACAGUCCCAGGUCUCAUUGCAGCUGUGUGGGGAGUAGUGGUAUUUAAGGAGGUGAAGGGUUUACGGAACUUCCUGGUGCUUGGAUUUGCCUUCUGCUUAGUGCUAACAGGCGCACUGCUGACGGGCUUCUCCAAGGUCUAGUGAACCAUCACCACAACCUGACGGCCUUCUCCAAGGUCUAGUGAACCAUCACCACAACCUGACGGCCUUCUCCAAGGUCUAGUGAACCAUCACCACAACCUGACGGCCUUCUCCAAGGUCUAGUGAACCAUCACCACAACCUGACGGCCUUCUCCAAGGUCUAGUGAACCAUCACCACAAGGGAGCUAACAAGUACAAAAGAACCCAGGAAAUUUGAUUAUUUUAUUUUUAUUUUUUAAAUAAUAUGUUACUGAAAAAUGUAUGUUUACAGUAAUAUUAUUAAUCAGGUUCAGGAUAUUGUCAGUAUCCCUUCAUGUAAGAUCCAUUCCUAUAUGUUCUUUUGUGCUAAGUUUUUCAUUUGAUAGAAGAAACUUUUUUUUAUAGACCACCUGCUUAUAAUGCUUAUAAUCCUGCUUUUUUUGAUUCAGUGACUGUCAUGGCUAAAAAUGGACAAUAUGUGAAAUGAUAACUUUGGUUAUAUUCUAAAAAGGGUGAUUUUUUAAAAAGUAUUUUGUUAUGUUUGGUGUCUUGGUGAACAGUUUCACUUAUACAUGUGAAACUGAGUGUGUGGGAAAAACUUUUAAAAAUACAUUUUAUAUGUAUUUAUGGACUUGAAGGGCAUUUGGGAUGAUCAUCAUAAUCUAUUUUCUAAUUUGUUAAUUUUUUUAAACAUCGCAAGCCACAUUGAAGAGAAUGAACAUGUGAACUCAUGAACAAGAGAAUGUCUUUUAAAAUAAAAAUAUGAACCCUCUGA